CAGUAGUGUUCAUUUUGUCCAGCUUUGAUAGAUUCAAUUUGUUAGAUCUUUGUUAAACUAGUAGCAACUCAUUGAAUUUCUUAAUAGCAAAGUGAUUGAUCAUGAUUCUCCCAAAAAUCAAUAUAAUUUCCAAAUCUCUCAUAAUUAAUUUAUUAUUAAAUUAUCCAGCUGUAUUUUAAACUGUAUUAACUUGAAACUAAACUAAACCAAUCUUUAUUUCCUUGCAUUACAUUUUGGUGAUUUCUUAGCCUAACAUUACACUGCACCAACACAUGGCUGACUAUCUUCGUGCUCUUGUAGCAGCAUUGAUCGGCAUUUCCUUCCUGUUUCUUCUUCUUCUUCUUCGACAACGAAAGAAAUCCAGAUCAUACGAGAAACGGCUACCACCAGGCGAAAUGGGUUUCCCAUGGAUCGGAGAAACACUGGAUUUCUACAGAGCCCUACAAAAGAACACCCUUUUCGAGGAUUUCAUCGCCCCAAGAAUUCAAACUCACGGGAAAACCUUCAAGACGAGGAUAAUGGGAAGCCCUACAAUCGUCGUCAAUGGAGCUGAGGCAAACAGGUUCUUUUUAUCAAACGAGUUUAAGCUUGUUGUCAGUUCAUGGCCUGCUUCUGCAGUUCAGCUAAUGGGGGUAAACUCAAUCAUGGAGAAAUCAGGGGAACAACACCGUCUUGUUCGAUCUAUUUUGACUACUUGUCUCGGAAACACAGGUUUGGAAGCUUUGGUUCCCAAGAUUUGUAGCGUUGUUAAGGGUCAUUUGGAUAAGAAUUGGGGUCACUGUAAUCAACAAGAUGAAAAGAUCAUUUCGUUGUAUAAAACAGCGAAAUUCUUGUCGUUUAGAGUAACGUGUGAGUGUCUGUUUGAGAUGGGAGGAGAAGACGAGGUGUUGUUUGAGUGCUUCGAGAAAGUUCUAGAAGGGGUUUUUUCUCCGGUUGUUCAUUUACCGGGAACGAGUUUUUGGAGAGCGAAGAGAGCAAGGGCGGUGAUUGAGAAGGUGUUGCUGAAAUUGGUCAGGGAAAAGAGGUUAAAAAUGAUGGAGGAACAAACACGGUCGUCAUCGUCGUUGUCGUUGUCGUUGUUGUCGAGGUUGGUGGGAGCAAUGGUACGAGGUGAGAUUACAGAGGUGGAAGUUGUUGAUAACAUUGUUUUGCUCAUCUUUGCAGCUCAUGAUACCUCCUCUUUUGCUAUUGCCAUGACUUUUAAGAUGUUGUCUCUAAAUCCACAUUGCUACUCUUUGUUGCUUCAAGAGCAUAAUAAGAUUAGGAGCAAGAAAACAAAGGAAGGUGAAAAUUUGACAAUGGAGGAUGUUACAAAGAUGAAUUAUACAUGGCAAGUAGCGCGGGAAAGCAUACGCCUUUUCCCUCCGAUUUUCGGGUCUUUUCGAAGAGCCAUUACGGAUGUCAACUUUGAUGGAUUCACCAUUCCUAAAGGAUGGAAGGUACUAUGGACAGCUUACGGGACACAUUUCAGUGAGGAGUAUUUUAAAGAUCCAAUGAGAUUCGACCCGAAAAGAUUUGAAGAUCCGAUAUCACCUUAUGUAUUUGUUGGAUUUGGAGGGGGUCCAAGGGUUUGUGCAGGUUACCAGUUAGCUAAGCUCAAUAUUCUCAUCUUCGUGCAUUUGGUUGUCACUCGUUACGAUUGGUCUUUAGUUCAACCAAAUGAGACCAUUGUUAUGGAUCCUCUACCCUUCCCUUCUCAAGGAAUGCCUUUAAAAGUUUCUCCCAAAAUUUGAUUACGUGAAUAAUUGAUUAGUUAGAGUAGAAUAAGUGAAUAACCUACUUCUUUUUCAUUUCUCCCGAAAGGGUGUGUACAAAUUCUUACUAUACACAAAUACAAGUGUACCGAAAUAUAUGUACACUUGUGUAAACUGAAUUAUUUAUCAAAUAUCUUCUCCAAUCCUUUGAAUUUUGGGAAAUCAACCACAUCUUCAGAGAAGCAAACUGAGCAGUUGGUUGAAUUGCUAACGUCGGGCAUUUAGUUAGUGAUAAUAUGUAUGUUCAAUCGCGUAA